AUGCGAUCUUAUUGCUUCAUUGUUCAUGUCCUUGUUCGUUCUGGCCUUCUUAUCGAUGCGCGUGCUUUGCUGGAGUUGGCAGUCAGCAAGUAUACAGAGAGAGUUGCAUCCAAACAUGCAUCGAUUGUGGAGGUGCUUCUCGGCACUUACGAAGCAGUUUUUCCGGGACAUCGUGUUUUUGAUCUUUUGCUGCAGGUGUAUUCGAAGAAGAGAAUGGUCAAUGAAGCGUUUGAUGCUUGCAGAUACUUGGGAGAUCAUGGGCUGGACGCUAAUAUAAUUAGCUUUAACGCAAUGCUUCAUGUUUCACAGAGAUCUGAUCAGAAUAAUUUAGCUUGGAAGAUAUUUGAAUAUAUGUUUGUAAGAAGAAUAUACCAAAACCAAACAACGACUGAAGUUAUGAUUGAUGUGAUGCUCAAGGAAGGGGUUUUGCCAAAGUUAGUCAGUGUUUUGGAUAGAAUCCGUGGGAGUAGAUGUGCCCCUGGCAUUAUUGUGAACACUACACUGGCUUUUAGGAUCAUUGAGGAGGAUAGGGCUGAAGAAGCAAUCACUCUUUUGAAGAGAAUGCUGCAAAGAAACAUGAUGUUUGAUGAUAUUGCAUACUCUUUGAUUGUAGCUAGCUAUUGCAAGUUGUGCAAACUAGACUCAGCACUUCAAUCCAAGGACGAAAUGAUCAACAGGGGAUGCAGCUUGAAUUCAUAUGUUUACACUUGUCUAAUAGGAUUUUAUUCUGAGGAAGAAAGAAUCGAAGAGGCUGUUCAAAUGAUGGAAGAGAUGGUGUCAAUAGGACUGAAACCAUAUGACGAGACAUAUAAUCAUCUGAUAGUUGGUCUGUCGAGAAAUGGGUGGACAAAUCAGUGCUUGAGAUAUAGUGAAAAGAUGCUUAAAGGUGGAUUUUUGCCCAGUCUUGGCACUUGCAAUGAGAUGAUAAAGACACUCUGCAUAGUAGGAAAUAUCGAGGAAGCCAACAAAACUCUGACAUCUUUGUUGAACAUGGGGCUUGUCCCUAAUCAGGAAAUAUACUUGAUUCUAAUUGAUGUCUAUGGAUCAACUGGAGAUUAUCAUAAAAUCAUCACACUUUACUAUGAGAUGGUGCAUGUGGGUCUUGAGCCCAAUGUGUGGGUUUAUAAGUCCUUGGUUCAAAACCUCUGCAAAUGUGGAAAAUUGAGUGAAGCUGAGAAAUUUAUUGGCAUUUUGGAGAGGAAAGUUUUGACCCCUACUAACUGCAUGUAUAAUUCAUUGAUCAUAGCAUAUUGUAACAGAGGUGGUAUACAGAGAGCACUUAUUUUCUAUGAUGAGAUGAUUCAAAAGGAGUUGGUGCCAUGUUCAGAUGCUUUCAUGCUUCUAGCAAAGAAAAUGCUAAAAGCUGAACAGUGA